AUGGCGCCAGCUGAGUUGGCAGAGCUGAAGAAGCAGAUAGAGGACCUUUUGUCUAAGGGGUUCAUUCGACCGAGUGUUUCACCGUGGGGAGCACCGGUGUUGUUUGUGAAGAAGAAGGAUGGCAGUUUCAGACUUUGUAUCGAUUACAGAGGUCUUAACCGAGUCACUGUGAAGAACAGGUACCCACUCCCGAGGAUUGAUGAGUUGUUGGAUCAGUUGAGGGGUGCUACUUGGUUCUCCAAGAUUGACUUGGCAUCGGGGUAUCAUCAGAUCCCGAUAGAUGAGGCAGAUGUCAGGAAGACUGCUUUCAGGACGCGUUAUGGGCAUUUUGAGUUUGUGGUUAUGCCUUUCGGUUUGACUAACGCGCCGGCAGCCUUCAUGAGAUUGAUGAACGACGUGUUCAGGGAGUAUUUGGACGUGUUUGUCAUCAUUUUCAUUGAUGAUAUUCUGGUAUACUCGAGGAGUCAGGAGGAGCAUGCGACUCACUUGAGGUUGGUUCUGGAGAAGCUUCGGGAGCAGAAGCUUUUUGCUAAGUUGAGCAAGUGCAGUUUCUGGCAGCGAGAGAUGGGAUUUCUUGGCCACAUUGUUUCUGCAGAGGGAGUUUCUGUGGAUCCGGCUAAGAUUGAGGCUAUCAGAGAUUGGCCUAGACCUAGUAGUGCCACCGAGAUCAGGAGUUUUCUGGGUUUGGCAGGAUACUACAGGAGGUUCGUCAAGGGGUUUGCUACCAUGGCGCAGCCGAUGACGAAGUUGACUGGGAAGGAUGUCCCGUUUGUUUGGUCAGCUGAGUGUGAGGAGAGCUUUAGUCAGCUCAAGGAGAUGUUGACUACUACACCAGUGUUGGCGUUACCCGAGCCAGGGAAGCCUUACAUGGUGUAUACAGAUGCUUCAGGCAUUGGUCUUGGUUGUGUGCUGAUGCAGGAGGGCAGAGUGAUAGCAUAUGCUUCGAGACAGUGGCAGGGCAGUGAGCGUAACCGUCCUACACAUGACUUAGAGUUGGGAGCAGUGAUCUUCGCGUUGAAGAUUUGGAGGUCUUACUUGCUAGGUGAGACAGUACAGGUCUUCACGGAUCACAAGAGUUUGCAGCAUAUCUUCACUCAGCCGAUGAUGAACGCGAGACAGACGCGCUGGGUUGAGUUCUUGGCGGAUUAUCAGGUGAGCAUUAACUACCAUCCGGGCAAGGCUAACCUAGUGGCGGACGCGUUGAGUAGACGGAGGUAUGAUUCCGCAGUUGAGCGAGAUGUGGAGUCUCUAGUUGGCGAGAUCAGUACCUUGCGUUUGUGUGCCAUUUCGCAGGAGCCUUUGGGUUUAGAGGCAGUGGAUCAGGCGGAUCUACUUAGCAGGAUCAGAGUUGCUCAGCAGAGUGAUCAGAGUUUGCUGGAUGCGACGAGAGUGACUGGUUCUGAGUAUGAGGUCUCUGCGAAUGGGACUAUCUUGGUUCGUGGGCGAGUUUGUGUGCCUAAGGAUGUGGAGUUGAGACAUCAGAUUUUGGGAGAGGCUCACGCGAGCAAGUUUUCCAUUCAUCCGGGAGCGACCAAGAUGUACCAUGACCUCAAGAGGUACUAUCAUUGGGUCGGGAUGAAGAGGGAUGUAGCAGACUGGGUUGCGAAGUGCAACACUUGUGCCUUGGUGAAGGCAGAGCAUCAGGUUCCGGGUGGUCUUUUGCAGAGUUUACCCAUUCCAGAGUGGAAGUGGGACAGGAUUACGAUGGAUUUCGUGGUUGGACUACCUGUUUCGAGGACUUUCGAUGCUAUCUGGGUGAUUGUGGAUCGGUUGACUAAGUCCGCACAUUUCUUGGCCAUCAAGAAGACAGAUGGAGCUGCUGUCUUGGCUAGGAAGUUUGUGCGAGAGAUUGUGAGGCUGCAUGGAGUGCCAGCUAGUAUUGUGUCAGACCGUGAUCCCAGAUUCACUUCAGAGUUUUGGAGGGCGUUUCAGGCAGAGAUGGGCACUAAGGUGCAUCUGAGUACAGCUUAUCAUCCGCAGACAGAUGGUCAGUCAGAGAGGACUAUUCAGACUUUGGAGGAUUUGCUGAGGAUGUGUGUGUUGGAUUGGGGUGGCCAUUGGGCAGAUCACCUGAGCUUAGUUGAGUUUGCAUACAACAACAGCUUUCAGGCGAGUAUUGGCAUGGCUCCAUUUGAGGCUUUGUAUGGGAGGCCAUGUAGGACACCCCUAUGCUGGACCCAAGUGGGGGAGCGCAGCAUGUAUGGAGCUACUUAUGUUCAGGAGACGACAGAGAAGGUUCGUGUUGUGAGGCUGAACAUGAAGGAGGCUCAGGAUAGGCAGAAGAGUUAUGCAGAUAGACGCAGACGAGAGCUUGAGUUUCAGGUUGGAGAUAGAGUUUAUCUCAAGAUGGCUAUGUUGAGGGGUCCUAACAGAUCCAUAGCAGAGAACAAGCUGAGUCCGCGUUUAUGGGUCCGUUUCCAGUAG